AUGGAAUUAGACCCAAGGAGCAUGACCUCAGAACCAGCCUCUGCAAUGAACAGUGCAGGGGAGGAAAAGGUGGAGGUUGCUUCCGAACUGAGCAGCCCAACUUUGCAGAGCAGGGACAGCGGGUUCUUUGAAAGAAGUAUUAAAACAAUGUUAAGCAUCCGGAAAUCAAAACGAAGUGUGAACAAAGAGAAAGGAAAGGAAGGUACUGGCACUUGGAAAGGAAAACGACUUUCUUUGCGAUUCUCCAAGAGCUAUGAGGAGAACAAAACCACAAUCUGUAAUGGCAUGGAGGAGAUUGGUGAGAAGAUAGAAGCAGAGCCCAUUCAAGGAAAACCUCUUUCAGUAAUGGAAAUCAAUGAACUCAUUCAGAAAAGGCAACUUUUGGAAGCAUUUGCAAGCACCAAGUACUUGGAAGAUGAGACUAUCGCUGAACGGGAUGCUGAGAAAUACAAAGAUAAACCCCAGGAGUUUGUACGGAAAUCCAAGGACGUGGAUUUGCUUUAUAACUCCAUCACAAAUGCGAUCCAAUCCAUCGUGGUGGGAACACUGGAGCAUCCCACCGUAGAGGAUACCAUGCUGACCUCCCUGGUGACUUUAAUUGCCCGUGAAGAAGCAGCUCAUCCUAGCACAGGCAACGCUGCUGGUCCUGGGUCGGACUUGCUUGGCACGCCCAGAAAGUGGAGGGAGGAGUGGAGGGAAGCUAUCAACGAGAGCGCUAGAAAAAGAGUCCUGAGGGUACCCAUGGCAUCGAAGGAAGAAGAGAGUUCUUGGCUUGAUCUCCACUUAGGUUUCCUCCAGAAAUACCUGAGCGAAGACUUACUGAAAAUCAAGUUAUCAGUAAAAAAGUGCUAUCCAGAGGAGUAUCAGGUGUGUGAAAAGUAUGUGGAGGCUUUUCACAAGGCCAUUGCCUCACACUUGCAAGAUCUCUCCCAGAGACCACUGGAAUUCAACGAGCUCUACACCUUGCUCAACUGGGUGGCCAACACCUACCACAGUGAACUCUUUCUGGGUCACCCCGAUCUCAAACCAGAAGUUAAGACAGAAAACCUGUCCCUGCUGUUAACAUCAGCUGACUGGGAUAAACUGAAAAACGACUACGUUGCUUCUGCAAAGGGGAAAAUCAAAAGCUAUUUUGGAAACAUCCUGAGACUGGAAGUCACGGAGAAGUGGGAGAAGGAAGUUCAUCCAGAAGUGAAGGAAAACCUCUACCACUCCUCGCUCUCCUUUGAUAUUCAAACGAUCAUUGGGGAGCACAUGAAGAUAUCUGGAGCGAUCAGCAGAAGCCUGGAAACGAAAAUGCUUGAUCUGUGCCUGGCAGAGCUGCACGAAUUCAUACCAAGGUUCGGGGAGGAGUUCGUGGCGUGGAGCACUGCCCAGGACAGCCCCAUCUUUGCACCCUAUUUCGCUGCUUACAUCAACAGCUUCCACGACCUGGCGUCAGGGUUAGAAACAGUGUUUAAAGUCAACACUGAGGAACUGCAGAAGAUUUUGGCAGCUCUGACAAGGAACUUCACAAAUAUUUUUUUAAAUAAAUUAAGAACAAAAGCACAGCCACUCCUUAAGAAAAUCCUGACCACGGACUGGAUUUUGGCGACGGAAAGGCCGGACUCGCUGGCAUCGGCAGUCUCACGGUUCUCCGAGCACCUGCAGUACAUGAGGGAGCCCAUGGGGCAGGAGCUUCUACAUGAUGUUCAUAAGUAUGUGGUGAGGGAAUACAUCAUCCAGGUCAUCAAAUCCAGACGGAAAAUGAACAGGGAGACACGGCAGCAAGUGAGCGAAAAGAUGGGCCAGGAAGCCAGAAUCCUUAAUAAUAUGUUCAUUGAUCAGGGGUCUGACUCCAGCUGGCUCCUUCCCGCCAUACACCACAUUGCCAAUAUUAUUGGGGAGAAGAAAAAAGACAAGAUCAAGGAGUACGUCAAGGAGCUGUGUCAGGAUUAUCCAGAUAUCAGGAAGGAGCACGUCCUGGCGGUCCUCGCGCUCCGGGGGCUGGGGCGCACCAGGAGAGCAGCGAUUUUUCGGCAAGGCUACCGUGCGCUGAAGAGCCCCCAUGGUGGGGAGGGCAGCACGCUCUUUGCUGAAAUUGAUGCCCCAGUGAUCCUCAGCUGCUUCUAA